AUGAUGAGACAUGUUUUUCAGUUACGCGAAUUGAUAUUAAUGAUGAAUAUUGAAGAAGAUAGAAAUGCAGCGAUUGAAGUUUAUGUUCUGCGAUUCUAUUAUUCAGAGAAGGGCGAAAAUUUUGUUUUAUACGACAAUGACCGGAAAAUAUUAGUUGCAUUAGAAUACAAAGGCGAUGUUCAUCUACCGAAGCAAAUAGCCUUUCUGUUGAGACGUAUUACAGAUGUCACUUCUACAAUGGAAUGUUUACCAGAAAGGACAUUACCUUUGCUUAAACUUACCUAUUACUCAAAUACUCCAGAUGAUUACGAACCGGAAGGUUUCAAACGUUGUAAGCAUACCUAUCAUUUCAAAGAUGCUUUCGGAGAAGGUAUUCUUGGACAGAUCACCGCAAAAUUCUGCUCUUGUACAGUCGAAGUUAAAUCGAUUUUUAUUGACGAUCAACGACUUUCCAUGCAAAAUUUACAUUUGUUUAAAAGAAAUAAUCGCGGAAAUGUUGCAGAUUAUGCAUCUGAUUGGAAUAAAACUGAAAGAGCAAGGGAUGCAGAUCAAUCUUCUUUAAUCAGCGAUGACGUAGUGCACAUUCAUUCCAUUUCGAAGGCCAAUGGGGAUAAAAUAGAAAGGGCAAGCAUAUUGUUUUCAUCAGAUUCAACAAAAUCGUCUCCUAAAACUGAUGUCCUAAUGAGUGAAUUCAAAGUAGGACGAUUGAAGAUCCAUCGCGCUGAGCAAAAAAAGGAAAUGGACACUAUUAAGAAGAGUAGAGAAGCCGAGGUUAUGGAGAAAGAAAAACUCUACAGAAAAUUUUUCCAUGAAUCCGAGCAGAUGAAUGACAGUUCCAGUCAUUUAGCCACUUUCGGUUCCUCGACACUGAAUCUGUUGAAUCCAACAUGGAGUUUCAUUGCUUCAGAUAGUGGCGAUGGUGGGUAUAUGCGCGAUUUUUCUAUUAGACUUCCAACAAUAUUCAAGUGGAAUCUGAGAGCAGAUUCCACCAAAAUUUAUAUCAUAUAA